GACGUGUGUGUGUGUUUGUGGACAAUCGCCGAGAGUAACAUUUGUGACCAGACGGAUUGGACGAAUAUAAAGAAAUGGAUGAAAUUCGGCACAAAUGUGGAUACUGUGGGUGGUUGUUUAGGUUUACCACAAACUUCACCGAUCACGAAUGCUUCAAAAAUUACAUCGAAGAUGUAGACCGCAUCAACAUUGACGAAAACUAUGUCGUAACAAUAGUCGAAAACAAUCCAACGGUUGUUGGCAAAGAAAAUUUAAACGAGCUGUUGAUCGAAGCAGUUAGAAGCAAGCGUGGGCUUUACGACUUCCGUCAUGUACCUGCUUCAGAGAGAACUACAUUGCGUAAAAAUGCAUUAUGGAUGGAAGUUUCAAAUAUACUACGAGGAUCCCUCAGUCCAGAAGAAGCUAAGGCUCGAUGGAAAUAUUUACGAGAUAAUUACAUAAAAGCCCGCAAGAAGGUUCGAGCGUACAUACCCAGCGGAUCGGCAGCUACUGUUGCUAAUACCAAUUUUAAGUCAAGGUUUCAAUAUUACGAGCUUAUGAGAUUCCUUGACGAUUCAUUGCAGACACGGCCGACAGUGAGUUCUUUGACAGAUGCCAAUGAAAGUGAAGUAGUAACUUCACUUGACACACAAAACGAGCAACACGAGAGUGAUGCCAUAGCUGGGUCUUCGACACUUCAAGAAACUUCAAAAUUUCAACUUCGACACUUCAAAAUUUCAACUUCAGCUAUCAACAAGUCUCCACAAACUCAUGCAUCCCCCUAUGUUCCUUCACGAACGCCGACUUCUACAAAUACUUCUCCACGUUCGCUCGAUUCCAUCGACGUCCUUUCACAAACCCCGACACCAACGAAAGACUUUCCAUUGACAUCAACUACAAACAGAGUGCCUACACGACCACGAACCACAAGAUCGAAACAAUCAGUACAAAUCGUCGACUCCAUCGAUGUUUAUGAGCCGCCUGUUGCAAAAAAAAAAAAAAAUGAUGCUGCCUUGCAAGAAGCUUUGAUAGAAGCCAUAAGAAGCGGAAAUGAGCCAGCAACACAACCGAUUGAUCCGCUGGACGGAUUUCUUAUCCGCUUGGGAGAAGGGAUGCGAAAACUGCCAUAUCGAAACAGAGCCAAACUAGAAAUACAGUUUUUGACAUUGCUAGGUGAAAUGGAAGAUCGUUGCUUUAAUCAAGAUUCCGACGAUCGAGAUCAACGUAACUGUUCAAAAGGCAUGUUUGAAAAUGUUCGAUAGGUCGCUUAUUCCAUAUCAUCAUCGAACCAACACCUUUAAAUGUGUUUUUUUUUUAAACAAAGAUUUUGUGCCAAAAAAUCCGUGCAAUGUAUAACCGUAAGAUAGCCCUUAGUCGUAUAAUUUUUUUUGUACCUACGCGUACGUUGAUUAAAACAAUUUUUUUUGUUAAUAUACUCAUGAAAUUUAAUUUUAUCGUCAAAGAGAGUGAAAAACUGAUAAAACAUUCAAUACGAUAAGAUUUUAGUAUUACGUAAUCGUGCAAAACUUUAGUUAUGUUUUUAGUUUCAUAUAUUUUGGCGUAAU